GCGACAAUGUUCUCUAAGUGGAUUGAAUCGGCGAAAGAGAAGGCGACUACGCUACUAUCUGCUGGAAAAACCGUGUUGGAGGAAGUAUGCUUAUGUCUUUUGGAUUCUAUUUUUAGUCGAUGAACACGCUUCAGGCGAAGACGGAUCAACUGAAUGACACCGCAAACGCCUUUAUUCGAGACAAUAUCCGACCUCCCGAAGAUAUGACACUUAUCACACCGAAUCUAGUGGGUAUGAGAGGGACUUUCAGUUCAUUGUAGCUAUGGGUUUUCCUGGAAACCCGAAGACAAAGAAAGUAGAAACUACGCUGAACAAAGCAGAUUCGAUUGCUUACUAUCUCGAAACCUGUUACCCAAAUCGUUAUAUGUUGUUUAACCUCGCAGAAGAGACCUACGAUACCUAUCUAUUCCACGACCAUGUGGUCAAUUACGACUUCACCGGCUAUCCUGCCCCUGCGCUGGGUUUGCUCAUCAAAAUCUGCACGAACGUGGAAACCUGGCUCUCCGAAAACCCCGAAAACAUCGCCAUCAUUCACUGCUACGUAUCCUCUCCUCUCUCUUCUUCCCUGCAGGACGGCAAAGGUCGCACGAUGCUUCUCUGCGCCUGCAUUCUCACCUGGAUGGGCUGGUCCAGCUCGCCCCAGGAAGCCUUGGCUCUCUGCCUGAGUCGCCGCGGGCUUUCGGAGAGCGUUAUGUGUCCCUCGCAGCUCCGCUACCUGCAGUACUUCGACAGUUUGCUGCAGAACGUCCGUCCUUCCGCCGACGCGCUUCUGCUGACCUCCGUCACGAUCUCCGCGCUGCCCGACGUCGAGAACGGAUCCUGCGCGCCGUUCCUGGAAGUAGGCGCGUUUCCCCGUUUCCACGCAGAUCUACAACCAGAACAAGCUCGUGUACUCCAGUCUGGUGAAGAGCGGCGCGAUCUCCCCGGUCAACGCCGGCGCCUCGGUGACGUUUUCGCCCGACGUGGUGCUCCACGGCAACGUGUUUCUCCGGCUGCGCCAUCGCACCGCGCGGCAAACCUCGACGACGCUCUUCCGCGCCCAGUUCUACACCGGCUUCGUCAAGCUGUUCAAGCUGAAUCUGGCGGCGAAGGAGCUGGAUCAGACCAAGAACUGGGAGGAGCUGAGCGUGGCGUGCGCGUUCUCCCCCGCGGAAGCCACGGAGCUGAUGGAGGAUCCGUACGAAGGACUGAUCAUGAAGGAGUCGUCCGCGCUGUGGAGCGAAGUGCUGAAGCGGAAGGAGGGCCGCAUGGUGAGCAUGCAGCCCACGGACGCUUUCGUUGUGGGGCAUUCGCGGUCGGCCAAGCGACUCUCGUCGGAGCCUCGAAAGUCGGCAGACAGCGAGAACCACGACUAUGUGAACGAGAUCUCGAAGCUGGAGAACGAGCUGAAGCAGUUGGGAACAGAUGCGCACAAGGCGGAGGAUGCAGCGGAGGAGAAUCUCCCGCUGGACGAGGGAGUGGACAUUGACUCGAUCUUGCAAAACUAUAAGGAGGAGAUUGGCGUGAAUGUGGAGGAGUUCGAUUUGAAGGAUUUUGAGGAUGUUCUCAAGGAGAAGGUGGAGGAGGAACCCAAAGUCGAGGUGAAGGAAGCAGGCGAGAGUCAGGAAGGUAAGAAAGGUGAAGAAAUGAAGGCAGAAGAAGGAAUUGAGGAAGAGAAGGGAAUUGUUGAGACCAAGGAGGAAACGGAAAAGGAAACGGAAAAGGAAAAGGGUAGUGAGGCAUAAACCAUGGAAGUCAGCUAGUAUUUGUAUCUAAAGGUGUGUG